GCUAGCAGCUCUCGCGUGGUGCGGUUUGUUGUUUGGCAGAAAAGCCGGCCGUAGACUAUAGAGAGGUACCCACAUUAUUAAAUAUCGGCGAAUUCAUGCGAUUUCUGCCAGUAGAGCAGCGCAAGUCGUCUGAGUCAUGUCGUGCUGGGGUUCUGCACCACUAGUUUAGUGUGUCUUAGCCCGCGCCAGAUUCAAAGUUUUGAUCAGCUUAGUGUCUUUUGAGAAUUGAGUGUCUAAGAACUUUAGUGAACUGUGGAAUUGUGAAGAAAUGUCGGUCUUACCGAGAAAUGUAACGGAAGCCGUCAAGGAGCACGCGACCUCCCGGGGGAUCAAGAAUCCCAAGUUCGAUAUAUCUAGUGGGUCCCGGAAUGGGGACAGCUAUUCGGGCGAUGUGUAUCGGAUUGUGAUUUCACCGGACGAAAAGGAUGUGGAAGACUGCCGCAACAAUAAUAGUGACGGGGCCAUCACGGGGCUUCCAAAGGUCAUCAGCGUCAUCGCGAAGGUGGCGCCAACCAGCCCUCUACGUAGGGGUCUCUACAACAGUUCGGCGCAUUUCCAGCGCGAAAAAUACAUAUUCGACAUCGUGCUGCCGACGUUCGAAAAGUUUCAGGAAACACGUGGCCUGAAGCCGUCGCGUAUGUUCAACCACUACCCAACGGUGAUCGCCUCGGAUUGCACCGAAGGCCAGGAGUUUGUACUGCAGGAUGAUCUCACGGCUCAGGGUUUCAAGAAUUUCCAACGAACCGAGCCCUUGGACUACGACAACGUUCUGCGGAUUCUGACCGAGCUGGCCGAGUUCCACGCGGUGUCGUUUGCCAUGAAGGAUCAAGCUCCGGACAUUUUCUCCAAGAUCGUUGGCCAGCUGAGGGAGACGAUCUUCGUGGCACCGUUGCACAGUUCCUUCGAGGGGUUCCUGAAGCGACAGGUUGAUUAUGCGAUGCGAACACUGGAACACAAUCCGGCCAAGGGCGAUGAAGCGGUUUGCAAGCGAUUGUUCCGGUUUCGCGACGAGUACGGACCAUCGAUGGUUGAGUGCGUUGAGAACAAGGACGAUGUGGUGAUCUGCCAUGGCGAUUGCUGGAUCAGUAACGUUUUGUACAGACAUAAGAACAUCAGCCAACCGAAGGAGCUUCGAUUCCUGGACUGGCAGGUCACCCGUUGCGGCACACCGGUCAUCGAUCUGUCCUACUUCAUCUUCUGCUGCACAGACAGCGAGCUCCGAAAGCGACUGCCCGAGCUUCUGCGAAAGUAUCACACUGCCCUGGUGGAGCGAAUCGAUGAGCUGGGAAGCAACGGCCGUCGCCUAUUUCCCUUCGACACAUUGCAGCAGCAUUUGGAAAAGUUUGCCCGAUUUGGUUUCGGCAUGGCCCUCAUGACACUCCACUCCACGUGCUGUGUGGAGAAGGACCUUCCCGACGUUUCGGCCGCCCUGGAAUCCUCCGAAUUGAUCGACUUGGACAAGUACACCAAAGAUUUGCUCUACAAUCCGGCCUACAUCAAGCGGAUGACCGGCGUUUGUCGGGACAUGGUCCGAUUGGGUUACCUGUAGUUUCCCAUACAAACUAGCUUUAAAGUUCUGAUUGACAAUAACGGUAGCGACGAUAGAUUUCUAGCCUAGCGUAGAAACGUACUUAGUCAGUAUUGCUUCGGAUUUAACGCGUAAUGACAGUAUUCUAGAGGGGUGUAGUUCCGAUUGCAAUGGAAUCAAAUCAUGAGAGGGUAAAACAAAUCAAACUAAACUGAUCAUAAUCAAAUACACAUGGCACCUGAUGCAGGGAUAUUAGAGUUAAGAGAGUCGUCGUGUAGUUAUCGACUAUAAAUUACGAAUCGUAAUUGGCGCAGUUGAAUCAUCACAUUCUAGUGAUCUGGUUGUACAAUUGAUAGAGUGAAAAACAAGUAGAGUAAGGAAUUUGAAUGGAAUGUUCAGAUGAGAACAGAACGCGGAAAAUUUAUUGUACGUUAUCGCACUGUUUUAACUUGGCACAAGUAUACUCAAAAUUGUGGGUUAGAGUAGUACUAGUGAACAGCUGGGGUAGAUUAUUUAAAAGUAGAAGAACAG